UUUCAAGAGAGGUCAUGGAUUUUGUGUUACUAUCUCUUCUGUGAUUUCUAGAGCUUGGUUCAAGAAGAGGAAAUUUCUGAGACUUCUGAAUUGAAACUGAAAAUCAACCUACUUCCAUUUGCUUUUAAAUGGAAUCAUGGACAUCGAAGCGUAUUUUGAAAGAAUUGGUUACAAGAACCCUAGGAACAAGUUGGACUUGGAAACAUUAACUGACAUUCUUCAGCACCAGCUUCAAGCCGUUCCCUUUGAGAACCUUAACAUCCAUUGUGGGGAAGUCAUGGAAUUGGAUUUGGAGGCCAUUUUUGAUCAAAUUGUGAGGAGGAAAAGGGGUGGCUGGUGCCUCCAGCUCAAUCAACUUCUGUACUGGGCUCUCACCACAGUUGGCUUUGAGACCACAAUGUUAGGAGGGUAUGUUUACAACAGUAUAGCCAACAAAUACAGCAAGGCCAUGAUUCAUCUCCUGCUGAAGGUGACCAUCGACGGCAGGAACUAUAUAGCUGAUGCUGGGUUUGGAUGCUCUUACCAGAUGUGGCAGCCUCUAGAGUUAAUUUCUGGAAAGGAUCAGCCUCAGGUGCCUUCUAUCUUCCGCUUGACAGAAGAAGGAGGAAUCUGGUACCUGGACCAAAUCAGAAGACAGCAGUACAUCCCAAAUCAAGAAUUUCUGAAUUCUGAUCUUCUGGAAAAGAAUGCAUAUCGGAAAAUCUACUCCUUCACUCUUGAACCUCGAACAAUUGGAGAUUUUGAAUCUGUGAAUAUUUCCCUUCAGGAAUCUCCAGCAUCUGUGUUUACAAGCAAGUCAUUUUGUUCCUUGCAGACCCCAGAAGGGGUUCGCUGUUUAGUUGGCUUCACCCUCACCUACAGGAUAUUCAAGUAUAAGGACAACAUGGAUUUGGUGGAGUUUAAGACACUGAAUGAGGAAGAAAUGGAAAAAGAGCUAGAAAGUUUGUUUAAUAUUUUCUUAGAGAAAAAGCUGGUGCCCAAACAUGGUGAUAUAUUUUUUACCAUUUAGGUAGGCAGAAAAAUGGUCUCAAUAUUACUUCCAGUGCUGUAACUUUGUAUUACACAAAAAAAUCUAAUGCACAUAAAAGUAGAAAGAAUGAAAUGAUAAAUGUCUGUUUAUAACUUAGUUUAUCAACUAUCAAGCAGCAACCUAUGUGUCAUA